GCUCGUCUGCCAUGCCGCGCGUGGGCGAGCUCGCUUGCGACGCGUGGUCCUUUGAGCGCGGGGACGCGGUCACGCUGCUCGCUCUCUUCGGGCCAGGCAACACGAGCGGGUGGAGGGGCAUGGCGGCGUGGGCGCCGCCGUCGCUGCUCCACGAGGCCAAGGCGGCGGAGGCGGACUUUUUGCGCAAGGGGGGGCGGGACGGGUUUGAGCGGGGGGGGCUCUACUACCCCAGCCACGUCACCGUCUACCUGCGCGCGCGCGCCGCCGACGGCAGAUCGCACUACCCCUUCCUCUGGGCGGGGCCCGACGGAGGCUGUGGCGGGGCGGGCCCCGACGACGGCGCCUUCGAGCCAACCUUUUGGGCGCCGUCCGACGCGCUCGCGCUCGCGCUGCUCCCGUUCGCCCCGACCGGCGCCUUCCGCCUCCUCUCCUCGCGGCGCCUCUCGCUCACGCCGGCACUCGUCGCCCUCGUCGCCCUCACCGCCGCUCUCGCCGCCGCCCUCGCCGCCCUCGCCGCCGCCACUCCGCGCGUGCGGGCGCUCGCUCGGCGGGGGAGGGGCGGCGAGGGCGAGGUGCGCUUCUCCUUCUACCGCCCCUCCUCCUGGGCGGGAGGGCUGACCCACCCGCACUGGAGGGACCGCAAGAGCCUGCAGUAA